GCCAUGCUUACAAUCAGACAGGAACCUGACACUACCACCACCACCACCACCACGCCCACUUGAUGGAAGGAGUCUCAUUAUUUCUGGAUGGGAUAGACAGUCUCAGACUUCCUUAUAAAACGGGUUCAGACUCUCAUCAUGCUCUUUCACCAUGACCACACUUCCUCCAGAGCUUGUGGAGAUAAUCGUAUCUCAAGUCUGGUCCUCUGCUAUGCCAUCUUACAUCCGAAAGUCGUUCAUGACUAGCCCCCGGAUUAACCGACUGUGGAAGGCCAUCUAUGCCCCUAUCGCUUCUCAGGAUAUGUACAUCACCAACCUCGCAUUUCUGGACUACCUAUGUGACAUAGCACACCGCAAAAAAUCCAUUAUCUACCACAACUUCAUCCCCCGGCUUACCCGCACCAUUACCUGCUUCAUCGACCUCCGAGAAGAUGGAAGGGAAGGAGCGGUGAAAAGAGCGUAUCGUUAUCUCUUUGGGCUACCGAACAUUCGUGGUUUCGAUGCACUGUUUCCGCAUAUUCCAUACAUAUCUUUCCAGCUCAUUUGGAUCGGCGUUGGGCCGUAUUCACCUUUACAGUUUCUCCGUGGUAUACCUAUUCAAGCACGUUAUGACCGAUUCCUGUCUACUGCCUUCUCCCCUGACUGUCCACGCUGGAAGACACAGAUGGACGUAUACAUUGCCAUGACGGACCCAGAUCCUUCAUUCUCAGUGGUCAUACACGAAUCGACCUGGUCUGACGCGUUGUGCGACUUGCGCGGUGUCGGUAUCCCUGGGUUCUUCUUUGGAAUCUUCGUAGCGUCCCCGGGACCGUAUGAGAUGUUCGUUACUGAUGGUGUCCGACACCUCCGUCAAACCACGUUUAUAGCUGAGAGAAAUCUCGAAGACUACGAUCCAAGGAAAAUCAAUAAGCGAUUGUGGAUGGCUUCCAAUAGGCGUCGCGGUACGUGGUUAGAAACCCCGUUCUAUCUGAUUAGUCUAACAUCUCUCAGGUCUAGUGUUGCGGUGUCUCACUAGUCCCUUCCACCGUUGGGAAUAUAGGCGUGUGCAGUUUCCUAUACCUUUUAUAAUCACCCAGA